AGUUCCUCAAAACAACCCACAUUAAGACCCUUUCUCCAGGAACUUACAUUGUAUCGCUCGCCUUUAAUUUUGAUCAGCUGGACUGUUGUGAACUGCGCACAUCAUGGAUAAGUUUCAGGCAUUUGGAAAGAACCUCAGUGCGAACUUCACGCCUUUCGCUGCGCGUACGCAGCAGAUGAUCCGAGAGCAGCUGGGACAAGUCGAAGACAAGACCCAGCUCCCGGAUGAAUACGUCGAGCUCGAGAAGCGCGUGGAUGCUCUGAAGCUGGUCCAUCAGAAGCUCCUUCAGGUGACUUCCCAAUACUCCAAUGAACCUUACGACUACCCACCCAACAUCCGUGAAUCCUUCAACGACCUCGGUCGCACCAUCAAUGAGAAAGUCCAGCUUCUUUCUCAGGCCUCCACCCCCGCAGAGGCUCAAGCCGCCCUGACUGCCCCUCCCUCCGCCAAACCCCAGCCCAAGACCUUCAGCCAUGCGAUCGCGCGUGCUUCUCUGGCAGGCUCCCAGACACUGGCUAGCACCUCAACUGGCGAAGACCCCCUCGCGACCGCGCUGGAGAAGUAUGCGCUUGCCUCCGAGCAGGUGGGCGAGGCUCGUCUGGCGCAGGACGCCCAGAUCCAGUCGCGCUUCCUCGCUGGAUGGAAUACCACCCUAAACACGAACCUGAUGUUCGCGGCCAAGGCACGCAAGAAUGUUGAGAAUGCUCGUCUGAUGCUGGACUCUAUCAAGGCCAGCAAAAAGGCUGCUGCCCACGGUGAUCUGGACAAUCUGAGCGAGGAGGCCCGCGCCGAGAUCGAGCGUGCGGAAGACGAGUUUGUCGGUCAGACAGAGGAGGCUGUGAGCGUGAUGAAGAAUGUCCUUGAUACACCUGAACCCCUAAGGAACCUGGCGGACCUAAUUGCCGCGCAGCUAGAGUACCACAAGCGGUCCUAUGAGAUCCUCAGCGAGCUGGCCCCGAUUGUUGACGGGCUUCAGGUUGAGCAAGAGGCUAGCUACCGCAAGAGCCGUGAGGGAGCAUAGACAAGAGCGAUUGGUACUUUGCUGAUAGUUUUUCCCUUGUCUGUUUUAUUUUAUCAUUCAUGUGUCUUUUCC